UUGAUAGUCGCACCUCUCUUCGACUUCUCUGGAGUGCAGAGGCCGGCUGGAUAAGGAAAAAGGCCAAAAUGAAGCACUUAACUUUGCUUUCUUUGGCGCUGACUUUGAUUGCGAUUUGUGAUGCAAAGUCGUCGUAUCAAUCAGUUCUUCAGCAUAGCAGGAUAAGAGGCAGACAGCAUGGACCCAACGUGUGCGCGAUGCAAAUGAUACAGGGGACUAACAAGAAAUAUUUAACCAACUGCAAGCAAUGGUACCAUCGCAAGAUCUGUGGCAAACCAACGGUGAUCAGUUAUGAGUGUUGCCCCGGAUAUGAGAAGCUGCCAGGAGAGAAGGGAUGUCCUGCCGCCUUGCCAUUGGUGAACAUUUACAACACCCUGGGUGUGGUUGGAGCCACCACCACUAAGAUGUACUCAGAGAGAGCUCAGCUGAGGGAGGAGAUUGAGGGGCCCGGAAGCUUCACCUUCUUCGCUCCCAGCAAUGAGGCCUGGGCUGCCCUACCUACCGAAAUCUUGGACGCCCUGGUGAGCAAUGUGAACAUCGAGCUGCUCAAUGCACUCCAUUACCACAUGGUGAACCGCCGUUUGACCUCUGAGGAGCUGAAGCAUGGAUCAUCCUUCCCCUCCAUGUACCAAGACUUCAACGUUCACAUCCACCACUACCCCAACGGGAUUGUAACGGUGAACUGUGCUCGCCUGGUGAAGACGGACCAGCACGCUACUAACGGGAUUGUGCAUGUAGUGGACAGAGUCAUCACCGCCAUUACCAAUGACGUGCACUCUUUCAUCGACACAGACGAAAAUCUGGAUACUCUUCGUACUGCCGUCGCUGCUGCAGGUCUGACUAGCAUGCUGGAGAGUGACGGCCAUUACACCGUGUUUGCUCCAACCAACGAAGCCUUUGAGAAGAUCCCCCCUGAGAUGCUCAAUCGAAUCCUGGGAGACCCAGUGGCUCUGAAAGACCUGUUGAACUAUCACAUCCUGAAGAACAUGCACUGUUCUGAGUCCAUUGUUUCUGGUACCCCCAUGGAGACACUGCAGGGCACUGUUCUGGAAGUGGGCUGCGAUGGUUCUGAAAUGACCCUCAACGGGAAGGCCAUCAUAGAGAAGAGAGACCAGCUGGGAACCAACGGAGUUGUCCACUUCAUCAACGAGCUCCUCAUUCCAGACUCAGCUAAGACCCUGUUGGAGCUGGCCCAGGGAUCCGUUGUUACCACAGCAACCAAGAUGUUUGUAGAUGCCGGUCUUAAAGCCCAUCUCAUUGGCUCCGAGCCUUUGACUCUACUGGCCCCUCAGAAUGAAGCAUUCAAAGAUGGUGUGAGGAUGACGGAUCAGCUGAAGAGACUGUUGAGGAACCACAUCCUGAAGGAGCAGCUUUCUUCCAAGUCCCUGUAUCACGGUCAAGAGCUAGAAACGCUGGGAGGCAUGAAGCUCCGAGUGUUUGUCUACCGCAAUAGCCUGUGUAUUGAGAACUCCUGUAUUGCUGCCCAUGACAAGACUGGUCGUUUCGCCAGCAUGUUCACCGUGGAUAAGGUCCUUACACCUCCCAUGGGAACUAUCAUGGAUGUCUUGAAGGCGGAUGACCGAUUCAGUCUCCUGGUUGGUGCCAUCCAGACGGCCGGAAUGACAGAGCUAAUGAACCAGGCAGGCCCUCACACCGUUUUCGCCCCCACCAAUGAUGCCUUCAGUGCCUUACCCAAAGCUGACCUCAAUAGACUCAUGGGAAAUCCCCAAGAGUUGGCCAGUGUGCUGAAGUACCAUAUGGGUAAGGAGAUAUUAGUCAGUGGAGGAGUGGGCUCCCAUACAAGACUGAAGCCCCUACACGGAGACAAACUGGAGCUCAACAUGUGGAGGACAGAGAAGAACCAGACUGUUUACGUCAACAAGGUUCCUGUAGUUGAAGCAGAUCUGAUGGCCACCAAUGGGGUUGUUCACGCUGUGGGAGCCAUCAUAAAGCCACUGCCUCCCAAGGUUGACAGAGAACAGGCUGACUCCCCCAUCAGAACCGACUCGGCCAUCAGAACAGACUCAAGAAUUGGUGUCAGAAAUGAUGAUCUCUUCCAAAAGAUCAGGAAUAGUCACUCCAGCCGGACAAUGACUCGCAUGCAGUAAAACAAUGAAAGUGGAGAAAAAAACCACAUUUUUUGUGGUGCAUCGACAAUGAUACAAGGGUUAUUCCUUUUGUUUGUAGAAUAUUUUCUUCUCUGGAAUUCUCAAAGGAUGUCCAAUCUAAUUUUGUCAAAUAUUGUCACAGUAAAUAAUAAGCCAACACUAGAUAAAGUAAAUAGGAUAUCUUUGAAUUGAAGUUCUUCUAUAGCUUUCAUACACUAAAGACAAAACUUUUGGAUGAAAUUACUUUUUCUUGUAUGUGUAAAUUGUAAACCAAAGAACAACAACUAGCUUUGACUAGAUAAAUCUAAGUAACUUGAAUGUUCAUUCAUGACUUCUGUUUAAAAUAUACAAUACAGGGCAGAUUAUUUUGAAGAAAUGUAUACUGUCAUUUGUUUCGAUAUGAUACAUGAAGCAUGUUUGCAUGAUUUAGGCUGGAACUAAAAAGCUAUUCAGGCACACACAAAUGGAGGCCAAUGUUUUGGCCUCUGAGGUCUUAUUAUUUUUCAUAAUGCACCUAUAUUCAAGUCACAUACAGCCCAUUUGUACCAUACUGUACCAAUAUAUUUGGUGUGGAACUCAAAGAGCAAUGUCUGCACAUUUAAAAAAUAAAAUGUUCAUUUUGUAGCCA